ACGUCGCAGAGGUGGGGGGAACGGUGGCCCUGCUUCAGUAGCGCCAGCGGCGCAGCCUGUCACCGACCGACGGCUCCACUCCACGGCUCUCGACUUCUGCAGCGGCGCACACGUUUUCCGCAGCGCCGGCGACGGGGUGGGGGUGAGGCUGUGGUGAGGAGUGUGCCAGCCCUCCGCCGAAAUUUCCCCCGCGCGGGCGCGGUGCGGGCCGUCUCUUAGCGACGGCAGCGCUGUAGCGUGCGGGGUUGCCGGGAUGGCUUAGUGCUGUGCCGCGCAUGGUCGCGGCCGUUAUGCUGCCGCCGUGCACCCGCGAUAUGGAGGUGCCCCCAGACCCUGGGAUCCCGCCAAGACUCGGCCGCGAGCGCACCGUGAGGGCGGGUGAGGGGAGUGCUGCUGCCGCCGCCGCCGCCGCCGUGGAGCUGCCGUGGGGGCUGCGGCCGGUGCUGUGUCGAAAAGCCCUACGCGAGCGGCGCCGCGGGAGCGACUGCUUCCCUACUGACUGCCGCGAUGCCGGUGAGCUGUACCGCAGCCUGGCCCCUCAGCUGGAUGGCCCCGUGUCCCGCGGGAGGCGGGAGGAAGAGCCUGGAGCUGAGCCUUUGCCACCCACCGGCAGUCAGCAGCCGGUUGAUGAGGGCACGGCGCCGCUGCCCUCCUCUCAGCCCGGCGGCACCGGCCUCAAGUUCGGGCUGCUGGCGCCGGAACUGCACGCUCGCCUGCUGGAUCAGGAGGACUACAGGAACCGUACACAAGCGGUGGAGGAGCUGAAGAGGGUGGUUGAAGAUGCCAGCCAGGUCGUGGUGACCUCCGUGCCUGCCCCCAGCAUCCUGGGGUUCAUCGGCCUUCUCUGCACUCUCCUCAGUGACUUCAACUUCAAGGUGGUGCUGGGAGCAUUGGAGGUGAUCUGUCUGCUGGCUCUGCGCCUGGACAACCGGGUCAAGGACUUCCUGACGCCUCUGUUCUCUGCUGUUACUAAAGUCCUGGGGGACAGCAAGCUGGCCGUUCGGCAGGGUUACAGGCGCCUACUCCGGUGGCUCAUGAAGGCAGUGGGUCCUCAGCAGGUGCUGGACUUGCUGCUGCAGCAGGAGUACCGGCAGCACAAGAACUCCAAAGUCCGUGAGGAGGUGAUCAACAUGUGCAUUGUGGCCCUCCUCACUUAUCCAAGUGAAGAGCUGGAUCUGGGCAAGCUGGCGUUUGAGCUGGCUCCAGCACUGGUGGACAACAAGCACAGGGUCCGGCAUGCUGCCAUGGAAGCUUUUGCUGUGCUGGCGUCUGCCAUGGGCCCAGGCAAAACCACCCUUCUCUUCAAGGCGGUGGAUGCUGUGGAACUGAAAGACAAUGGGGAUGGUUUGAUGCAUGCAGUGCAAGCUAGGCUGGCCAGGAAGAUUUUGCCAAAGCUUACUGACCAAGGGUUUGUGGAGUAUGCUGUGCCCUUGCCAUCAUCUUGUCAUAACAGGGAGUCCUGUUUACCCCCAGGAGCAGAUACAGACUGGCUCUUGAUGUGUGACAGGACUCGGAGCGCACACAGCUACUGCGGGUAUGAGGUGAAGGUUGAUGCUCUGCAGAAUUCCAGUUCUCACAGUGCGGGUGCCAAUCAAGUAGCACAUUCAAGAAAAGUCUUGAGUACAUAUAAAAUUGAAAACAAACUGCCUUGGGAAAACAAGCAUGCUGAAGACAAGGAAGUUGGUUCAGGAGUCAAGAUGCCUGUAGCAAAGGGUGUGGAGCAGUUCCCUACAUCCAGUGAUUUACUUCAUUUUCCAGAGUUAAGGCCCUCUCAAGGAGUACCAGUCAGUGAUGAGUUACAUUUUAGUAGAAAAAGAACUUCAGGGAAUUUCAUUCAGAAUAGCAUAGAUUUUAACUCAGAGCAUUCUUCUGUCUGUGCUGGUCCUGUGGGCUCUCAUCAGCCGCAAAUAUCAGGGAAAUGUGGAAAACUUGGAUACACACAGACACGUGGAAAGAGUGGUAGUGUAGAAUCUGAUCUACAAUUUUUAGGAUUAAGUAACUGUCAGCAAGACAAAGGUUGUACCAGCCUAAAUUUUUCCAGCAAGACCCAGAGAAGUUUUUGCAAUCAAGCAGAGAAUACAGUGCCCUUCCAAGGUCCUAAUGCAAGCCAGGGCACCUUCACUCUGCCAACUUGCCCUCUGUCAUCACCCAGGAACAGCCCAAAACACGUCUCCUCCCCAGCUGACUCUCCAAGGAAGUCACAAGGGGAGAAUUUGCAGGAGAAACGUGCUCCUCUGCAGCUGAAACCCAUCCUGGUGAGGCAGCCAGCCCCCUGCAGGCCCCUGAAUGGGACAAAACCCAUCCCUCCCAUUCCCCGCCUGCUGCCAGAUAAGGUUGAAUUAAAUUUGACAAAGCGGAGAAAGGAAGAGUGCAAGGACAUGAGGCUGAAUAAAGCAGAUGGGAAGCUUGCAGCAGCUGAUCUUUCAGAGUUAACUGUGGAUGGUGAGGAAGUGGACCAGGAAGAGAAUAGAGUUGCGUUGUCAAAAUGUGCCCAGGAUAAGAUGAAGCGGAAUGGAAGAAAAGAAAAGGAAUACAAUCAUAAAGAAUAUCAGGUUGUCAAAGACCUUGGAGGAAAGGAUCAAAAACCUGGGGAAAACCUUGAACCGAAUGAACCAGAGAUAAAGACAGCAGAAAAUGAAAUUUCUGUUAGGGCACAAGAAUACUGUAAAGAAAGGAGGCCAUCAGUCACAGGAUUAAUGAACACAUCGGAACUGUUGCCCUUCUCAAAGCCGGAAACGGCACUGACAGAAGCCUUGACACUUCUAGCUGCAGAUGACUGGGAGAAGAAAAUGGAAGGUCUGAACUUCGUUAGAUGUUUGUCUGCCUACCAUGCGACUAUUCUGACUGCAAAGCUACAUGAAACAAGCAUUGCUGUGGCUCAAGAGGUCAAGAAUUUACGCUCAGGUGUUUCUCGAGCUGCUGUGAUCUGUUUAGGGGAUUUGUUCACCUACCUGAAAAAGAGCAUGGAUCAAGAACUAGAUUAUACAGUCAAAAUCCUUUUGCACAAAGCUGGUGAAUCCAACACAUUUAUAAGGGAAGAGGUAGACAAAGCACUGAAGGCUAUGGUUAAUAAUGUGACUCCAGCACGUGCACUUUGUGCUCUUAUAGAUGGAGGGCAAAGCCACCUGAAUUCAGCUGUGAGAAGCUGCACAGCUCGGCACCUCUCAGACACUGUAGAACAUAUGGGCCUGGACCGGAUUCUGUCUAAAAUCAAAGUUGUCGCUGAUAGGCUUUUCCCUGCAAUAGUCAGGUUUACACAGGAUAGUUCACAACAAACAAGGUAUUAUGGUCAAAAGAUGCUCUUCAGUAUGAUGACUCAUCCUGAUUUUGACAAAACAAUUGAGAAGUAUGUGUUGACCAAGGACUUGCCUUAUAUUAGGAAACAUGUUGCCCAACUACGUGAAAAGGGUUUGGGUGGGCUGCCAUUAGAUACACCCUCAGCAAAAGGAAGACAUUCCCAUACUCGUAGCGUUGGAUGUUUGAGAGAUACUAUCAACAUCACUGACAGAGAGACUACAGAAGCCUAUGAAGUCAAAAGAAAAACAGCUCCCCGUAAUUUACUAGAAAAUGAAGAAUAUGUUAAAGACAUUACAGGUUUAUUGACCGCAAAGGACUUCCGUGAUCGAAUACGUGGCAUUAAGCAGUUGUUACUUGAUGCAGAGCAUAACCAAGGCUUUGUUGUUGCAAACAUCGUGAAGAUUUUUGAUGCUUUCAACUGUCGCUUAAAUGACUUAAAUGGCAAAGUAAAUCGGAUUGCUUUGGAGACGAUGCACCAGAUAAUUCCGUUGCUGAAAGACAAUUUAUCACCUGUGAUCAACAUGUUAAUUCCCGCCGUGGUUGACAACAACCUGAAUUCCAGAAACCCAGGGAUUUAUGCAGCUGCCAAAAAUGUUAUUCAGGCUCUGUGUCAACACCUAGACAACUACUUGCUCCUUCAGCCAUUUUGCACAAAAGCCCAGUUUCUAAAUGGAAAAGCCAAACAAGACAUAACAGAAAAGCUUGCUGAUAUUGUGAGGGAGUUAUACCCACGGAAGCCUAAGAGUGUGGAGCAGAAAGUUCUAGUUGUCCUUUGGCACCUUCUGGGAAACAUGACGAACAGUGGCUCUUUGCCUGGGACUGGAGGGAACAUUCGGACAGCCACAGCAAAACUGUCAAAAGCACUUUUUGCACAGAUGGGACCACGUCUCUUAACUUGUGCUGCAGCUCAGUCACCACACAUCAAGAAGACUUUAGAAGAACUUUUGGAGGCAGAAAGCUAAAGUUAUGAUUCCUGUGCGUGCAUGAAGCUCCAUCAGCUGCUAGGACAGAUGGACUGCUGUUAAUGUGGAAACACUCCACACCAUCGCCUGUUCUUUUAUUGUGCUGGUGUCUGUAGUGGAGAAAGGUUGUCACUGGAAGAGCAUGGAAGGUGCUGGGAUGGGGAAGUCACCCCUGCUCUCCUUCACUAGAAGCCACGGCACAGCGCCCUAGGUCUAGUAAUAGAUGGUUAAUGAAUAAAUACAUCUGACAUGUUUUGA